AUGGCUGCCACCAUCGCCGCGUCAAAGGUCUGCUUCUCGCAGCUCGCUCUGUCGAGCGGAGCGGCCAUCGGCGCCUCCUCAAAGGCCGCCGUCAGGCCUGUGGUCCUCCCCAGGAGAAAUGUGUCAAAGUUUGGGGUCCGUGCCUCCCUAGAAACUAAGGAGUGCCGGGCUGUCACCCCCGCACCCGGUCUCAACCAGUUCAACAAAAUGCGGGGCGCAAAGGCUGUUGUCGGGGGCUUGGGGCUUGGCGCCGCUGCGUCUCUGUUCGCUGCCCCUUCUGCUGAUGCCGCUCAGGAAUUCGCACAGCUGGCCGAGGGUGCCGACUACCGGCCCCUGAUCCUCUUGGUUGUCUUGGGGCCUGCGGUUGGCUGGGUGCUGUUCAACAUCCUGCAGCCGGCUCUUAACCAGUUCAAGAAAAUGACAAACAAGAAGGGCGUGAUCGGGGCGAUCGGGUUGGGGGCGGUGGCGUCCGCUCUCGCAGGGCCGUCAUCAGCGGAUGCCGCUCAGGAGUUUGCUCAGCUGGCGGAGGGGACUGAUUCCCGACCACUCAUCCUCCUCUUGGUUCUGGCUCCCGCCCUAGGCUGGGUUGCAUUCAACAUCCUGAAGCCGGCGCUAAGACAACUGGAGCAGGCACUGGCCAAGAACAAGUAGAGGGGUUAGCGUAGGGGCGGGAAAGCAAUUACAGCAUAAUGCAAAUGCAUCAGCCCGCCCACAGGUCGGGUUUGGCGGCGCGAGAGAGAGGUCAGUCUUGUUGCCCAGGCUGGUGCUGAAUGCUAACAACGACGUUGCAGCCAAGUAUAGGGUUGAGUAGAGCUUUGUAGGACAUUUAAUUGUACACUGUACACUGUCAUAUAUGCACUGUCCUUGUGUUGACCAGAUUGGGAAGUUUUCCAAGCCAAGCGUGCCGCUUGCUUUUUUACAAGUAACUAUGCCCUGCAUUGUGUUG